UCCUUAGGGUUUUGAGCCCAUCGUAAACCCUCUGUCCAACUCUCUCUCUCUCUCUGUGCAGCCAUGGACUUGAAUGACCAUAUAGAGAGGGUUCUAUGGACCGAGGAACAACUCGCUGAACGAAUAUCAGAGCUAGCCUCUCAGAUUACACAAGACUUCAAAAACAGUUCACUUUCAUCAUCUUCUUCUUCGUUUCCGGUCAUUGUUGGCGUUGCCACUGGUGCAUUUCUAUUCUUGGCUGACCUCGUUCGAAAAAUCAAAUUGCCAGUCACCAUCGAUUUCAUUCGAGCUGAAUCUUACGGGUCCGGUACCAAAUCGAAUUGCUCCCCGAGGAUUUCGUGCGAUUUGAAACUCGAUGUCCAAGGGAAGCACGUGAUUCUGGUUGAGGACAUUGUAGAUACGGGAAACACAUUAUUUUGUCUCAUUGGUCACUUGAAAUCUAAGGGAGCAUCCUCCAUAUCUGUGUGCACUCUUCUUGAUAAACCAUCAAGACGAAAGGUCAAUUUUGAGCUUGUGGGUGACGGAAAGUUCUAUUGUGGCUUUGAGUGCCCAGAUUAUUUUGUUGUGGGUUAUGGAUUUGAUUAUGCUGAGCUAUACAGAAACUUGCCUUUUGUUGGGGUCUUGAAGACUGAAUUGUAUAAGUGAUUUUUCCUUUUUGACCCCAAAAUCGAAGCGUGUAACCUCUUGGGUCAUGAUUUGAGGAACAUAUAUGGUUGAACUUGUUAGAGAACAAACCAAUGAUUAUUUGAGAUGUAAGAACUGCGAUUGCUUAAUAUUUGCUUUGAGCAAUCAUUUUGUUACUUAUCUUUUUUGUUUUGUUGUUCUGUUAUAUUACCACAUUGGCACAUUGUAUUCCCAGCAUCAUGGAAAUGCUAACAAACUCAUGGAAUAAAAAGUACUAUUUCAC